CUCAAGUGCGCACAGCUUUAUAAUGCAUUAGCCUCUUUCCUUCCAAGAGAAGUAAAGCGUUUGAAUAUGAGCUUUUUAUGAAGAUGUGUAUGUAACGGGCAAGAAGUCAAAUGAACUGGCUGGGAAGAGCGUUUGCCGUUUCCUGUUGCUAAUAAUUUUAGUGUGUUAGAUAUUGUACUAACCCAGAAGAACGACAUGGAUCUUUCAUUUAUGGCUGCGCAGAUUCCUGUAAUGGGAGGGGCGUUUAUGGAUUCUCCCAAUGAUGAUUACAGUGUGGAUCACUCUUUGUUUAAUUCCUCAGCCAGCGUCCAUGCAGCAGCUCUCACAGCCCAGAACCAACAGGAAGAUUCGCAGCCCGUCUCCAGUGAUGCUAUCUGGUUAUGGAUUGCAAUCAUCGCUACCAUUGGAAAUAUCGUUGUUGUUGGGGUAGUGUACGCCUUUACAUUUUAAAUACAAGAACACAGAGUAUCCACCUGUGGAUAAGAUGGAAUAGCAACUGAGAAGGACGUUACCAAUUACACCGAAACACUAUUAAAAGAGCAAUGAUGCUGGCAGGCCAUAUUGGCGUGUAUUGCAUGUAUUACACAUUGUAUCACUUUACAGAUGUUCCUUAUACUGCAAUGCAAUAGUUACAACUACAAGUCUGAGGAAAAGAGGUGAAUUUGGGAUUUUAUUUAUAUAUAUAUAUAUAUAUAUAUAUAUAUAUAUAUAUAUAUAUAUAUUUGAAUUUAGGGAGAUAAAAAACACAGAAAGCUCCAUGUUAAUCAAAUAACCCGACACAGAAUAAGGAAAAAAUUAAUGAUUUUCCGAGUUUUCACUGCAGCAAGAAUUAAUUAACAGGUUUAAUCUGUAAGAUGUUGUAAAGAAGUUGAUGGAAAUUAAAUAUUUGUGUUCCCCCAAAAAUGAGUAAAAUGAAUAAUGUGAACUACUUGAAUAGAUCAAUGCAGUUUGUGACAUUCUGGCUUUUUUUCUUUUUUUUGGCACUGUCAAUAAUAAAUUGCAGUUGUUCAAGAUGGAAAUGGCAGCAGUCAAAACAUGCAAUACUGCAAUAGUGGCAGCUGCUGUAUAUAUUUCAUAAAAAUAUAAGAUCAUUGUUCCAUUAAUAAAAAUAAGAUGCACUUGCAGUAUUAUUGACACCAAUCUUUGCAAGUCACAAUUUAAUUUGAUUACCUGUUUGCAAUAAUGUUUUAAUUAAGUGUAGCGUAGGGUGUCUACUAAGAAAUAAAUAAUAAUAAUAAUAAUAAACAGAGAAGGAGUAUCUUUCAGCUUUGUGUUUGCCGAGUGUAACCUGCCCAUACUCUCAUGUGUAAAAUCAGUGUUGAACAGACCCCUGGGUGUUUUAAUCACUCUGUAAAACACAGAUUGAUUUGUCCUUACUUUAAAACUAGACCAAGCACUUGAUACAGUGUACUGCAAUGCUGGCCACUGCAUUGUCCUCCAACCAGCAUUGACAGCAUUUGUAAAAAGAAAGUAUUUCAAUUGGUUUGCUUAAAUGAUUAAAUUAUCAUUAAAUUAACAAAAAAAAUAUGCCAAACAAAUGCUUCUAACCCCUUAAGGUACACGUGGAACUGAGUGGUUUUUCAAACACUUAAAAUACAUUUGAGAGUGACUCAGCUAUCACAAGGAACUGACAAUUUAGAUAACCAGAUCCAACCAGUCAGUCAAUUUUAUUGUUGUUGUAGGGUUAGUGUAUUCCUUUACAUUUUAAAUUUAAGAAGACAUAUGUUCCUUGUACCAUAUAGGGUUAAACUACACCGAUCUCAACAAAAAGAAAAAAAACACCUUUUCUGAGAAUUAGUAGUGCACUGUGCUGUUGCAUUACCUCCAGUUGCAGGAUCCUGAUCCAGAACAAUAAUGUAUUGACUUCAAGAAUGCCUGGUGUACGUCUACUGCUCUGUUUGGAAAAGCAUUUUCAUGCUGUUUUUGCAAAGCUCAGAUGUACGUACUGUAUUGCAUUGAUUCAUAAAGCCACAUAGCCGGUGGGUGUUUAGCGCUGCUAACUUUAAAUCACAAUUCACAGAGGUUGAUAUGCACUUGUCUACUAUGUCAGCAAUGUCAGUAAACAGUGGAUGAGGAAGUGAUCUGUGUUGGUGAUAUACAGGGCUGUAAAGAAACCACACAAAGUACUGUGGCUGUAACUUUAAAGAAAAUGUUUCUAUUUGACAAGAGAGGUUAAUGGGAUUGUGGCCACUUUGAGUUGCUUUAUUAUGAUAACCCUGCAUAAAUAAAUAUAACCUACCUUCCAGUCAGGAAGGUCUUCCACUGGCUAUGAUUAGUAUACCGUAUUCCUUCGAAUUUAAGAUUCAGCCCAAAUUUUCCCAACCCAACUUGAGGAAAAUAAGUUCAAAUAAAGACGCAUUUACAAAGAUGCAUUUACUUGUAUAAGAAAACAGCUUAUGGAGGCAGUUUGCAGCCGUCGGCUGUCACACAGAGCAUUACAGUUAUGCGCUGCUUCUCAUUUUCAGUUGUG